AUGGCCCGCAAGGCGGACGAAGAUCUUCUUGCCGAGCUCGACUCGCUCGGGAUCGAAGAACCUCAGACCACACCCGCCGCCGCUGUGCCCGCCAAAUCCAGCAAGAAGCCAACCACGCCCGCCGCUACCACCAACGACGAUGACCCGCUCGCCGACCUCGAAAAGCAACUCGCCGAAAAACCGGCCACAGCUCCCACAUCUCGCCCCGCGACACCGCGUGUCGCCGCUGCAAGCACUCCCGCACAGGUUCGCACCAGCGGUGACACCAGCAGGAGUUUCCACCAGGGCGUGAGUGCAGGAGAUGAGUCCAAAGCCUCCUCAGCCGAGGAAUCGGCUCCGGCGGCGGCCAGCGGCGGUUGGUGGGGAAGUUCGCUGUUCAGUGCGGCGAGCGCAGCGGUGAAGCAGGCGGAGACACUUGCCAAGGAGAUUUCAGGACAUGAGGAGGCACAGAGAUGGGCGGAGCAGGUCCGUGGGAAUAUGAGAGGGUUGCAGGAGUUUGGCACUGAUCUUCGUUCUCGCGCUCUUCCGACCUUUAGCUCCAUCAUCUCGCACAUUGCUCCACCAAUCUCAGCACACGAACGACUUCAGAUCCACACUACACAUGACAUUCAAGGCUACCCGUCCCUAGACCCUCUUAUUUACGCACCCUUCGCUCGCAUCAUGGCCCAGGUCGAAGGCGGCGAUCUCGUCGUCCUUCAACGUAGCAGCAGCGCCGACCUUCGCGAUCGCAACGCUAGCAACAAGGGCGAUGAUGCCAAUCUAGGGUAUCGCGGUCGCAUUCUAGGUGGGUCCACACCCUCAUGGUCCGAAAGUGGACCUUGGUGGCGCGAUUCCGCUCUUCCUCGCUCCCUCGGCGCCGUCCCAGGCUUGCGAGAAGGUACGCGUCUCGCGCGCGUCAGCGCCGAGUCCUCUGCAAAGGACUUCUUUGCUGCACGCGGCGGCAUCGACGAGGCCCGCAAGGCGGCCGCCGAAGACUCCAAUGUCGACUCCGCAAAUCCUGUACGCACCAGUGAUAUAUUCCUGGCGGUGCAGGCAAUCCGGUACACCGUCGACACUGACCUCUUCGCCGCAGCGGCGGGUGAAGGUGACGAGAAUUCCGACGAGAAGGACGAUGCGGAUGCGGAAGUCGUCGUCUUCGCUGUCUACCUCUACGAUCCUUUCCACAAACUCGCGUUCCACUCCCUCUCACAAUCCCUCCCUGCGCGGUGGAUCUCCUGGCUCGACCACCAUGAUGGCGUGGGUGGCGAGGAGCUGCCGGCUUCGAUUCAGGAGAUUGUUCGACUGGGUGGAGUGGACCCAAGAGAUUGGGUGGCGGAGUGGUUGGAGGAGUCGUUGUCAUUGGCGGUGGGUGUUGUCGCGCAGAGAUAUGUCGCUCGACGAAUGGGCGUGGGCGAGAGUGAGGCUCCUGCGGCUGUCGCAGAGGGCAAAGAGGAGGCGGGCGGAGAAGUCAGUGUUACUGCUUAA